AUGUGCAGGGACGGGACCGGUGGUGCAGCAAACGAGGACGAGUUUUCUUUUUACAGCACCCCCAGGAUCUCUAUAAGUACGAGAGGAUCGACUCCAUCCUCGACCAGAAAUAGAAGUGCGUUUCAAGCCGUGCGUGCCAGAAAUUUCGCAAUCGUCAUGUUUGGAUACAUUGUUUUAGCAGUUGUGGUGGGUACGGCCUGCGCCGCGCCAGCUUCCCCGGCCGAAUCUCCGGAACCUUCUCCGCUACCUAACCCAACACCAGUACCCACUUUACUAAAGGUGCCAUCUCCUGAACGGUCACCUCUACCAACGCUGACUUCGGAUGCGGUGCAAGCAGCAUCAUCGUCAUCAGCAGCUGAAUUAGCACUGCCAGCACCAUUACCGUCAUCUGCAGCUGGAUUGGCACUGCCAGCAGGACGGUCUCCCGCCUCUUCUGGAAAAGCUCUCUCCCUAAUAUCUGAAAUCAAAACGCCAGCCUCGACAGCGAAACUCGCGCAUGUGAUCGCCCCCAUAGCGACGCCGAUAGCAGCAUCGCCGAUUCUUUCGCCCCUGCAGGUCUCUGCGUACGCCUACGCCUUGCCAGCUCCCGCGCCUGUGGAGCUAGUAGCGGCACCUUCUAGCUACUCGAUCGAACAACACGGUUAUCGUAUUACCUACUGA